GUUGGUUCUCUUUUUGAACAAAGGGAAAGGGAUGACUCUCACUCACUCACUCUCCUCUCUCUUGUCUUGAGAAACACACACACCAAAUAAACACUCACUCACUCACUCACUCACUCACACUCAUUCAUUUUCCAUUUCCAUUCUCUCUUCACAAAAUGCGCCUCCUGCUUCUGGUGGCGGUGUUGGUGGAGCUCGCCACCGCGGGUCACAUCUCCGAGCCCGGCGCGCUUCUCACAUUCAAAGCCUCCUCCAUCUCCGACGACCCAACCCACGCCCUCUCCUCAUGGAACACCACCACACACCACUGCUCCUGGCACGGCGUCACUUGCGGCCCCCGCCGCCACAUCACCUCCCUUAACCUCUCCUCUCUCUCCCUCUCCGGCAAACUCACCGCCGACGCCCUCUCCUCCCUCCCUUUCCUCUCCUCCCUCUCCCUCGCCGACAACCAGUUCUCCGGCCACAUCCCACCCUCGCUCUCUUCCCUCACCUCCCUUCGCUUCCUCAACCUCUCCAACAACCUCUUCAACGGCACCUUCCCCUCUCACCUCUCGCGCCUCUUCAACCUCCAGGUUCUUGACCUCUACAACAACAACGUCACCGGCGAUCUCCCACUCGCCGUCACCGGCAUGCCCUUCCUCCGCCAUUUGCAUCUCGGCGGUAACUACUUCACCGGAACCAUCCCGCCGGAGUACGGCAGAUGGGUCCACAUCGAGUACCUCGCCGUCUCCGGCAACAACCUCGUCGGCACCAUCCCGCCGGAGAUCGGAAACCUCACCAGCCUCCGGGAGCUUUACCUCGGCUACUACAACAACUACCAAGGCGGCAUCCCUCCGGAGAUCGGUAACCUCACUCAGCUUCUCAGAUUCGACGCCGCUUACUGCGGCCUCUCCGGCGAGAUUCCGGCAGAGCUUGGGAAGCUUCAGAAACUCGACACACUCUUCCUCCAGGUGAAUGUCCUCUCCGGUUCACUCACGCCGGAGCUCGGGCACCUCAAGAGCCUCAAAUCCAUGGAUUUAUCCAACAACAUGCUCUCCGGCCAGGUUCCGGCGAGCUUCGCUGAGCUGAAGAAUCUUACCCUGUUGAACCUCUUCAGGAACAGGCUCCACGGAGCGAUUCCUGAGUUCGUCGGAGAGAUGCCGGCGCUGGAGGUGCUGCAACUCUGGGAGAACAACUUCACCGGAAGCAUUCCUCAGAGUUUGGGGAAGAAUGGGAAGCUCACCCUCGUUGAUCUUUCUUCCAACAAGUUGACAGGGACUCUUCCACCUCACAUGUGUUCCGGGAAUCGUCUUCAGACCCUCAUAGCUCUUGGCAACUUUCUCUUUGGUCCCAUUCCUGAAUCGCUUGGAAAGUGUGAAUCUCUGACCAGGAUUCGAAUGGGUCAGAAUUUUCUGAAUGGGUCUAUCCCAAAAGGGCUAUUCGGGCUUCCAAAACUCACACAGGUUGAGUUUCAGGACAAUCUUCUCUCUGGGGAGUUUCCUGAAACUGGUUCUGUUUCUCACAACAUUGGUCAGAUUACCCUCUCCAACAACAAGCUUUCUGGUCCCUUACCAUCCACCAUUGGCAACUUCACCAGCAUGCAGAAGCUUCUCCUUGAUGGGAACAAGUUCUCUGGUAGAAUCCCACCUCAGAUUGGGAAGCUUCAACAGCUUUCCAAGAUGGAUUUCAGCCACAACAAGUUUUCAGGUCCUAUUGCGCCUGAGAUUAGUCAAUGCAAGUUGUUAACCUUUGUUGAUCUCAGCCGCAAUGAGCUCUCUGGUGAGGUUCCGAAAGAGAUCACCGGCAUGCGGAUUUUGAACUACUUGAACCUUUCAAGGAAUCACCUAGUUGGUGCCAUCCCAUCUUCUGUUGCAGCUAUGCAGAGCUUGACUUCUGUUGAUUUUUCAUACAACAAUCUCUCUGGUUUGGUUCCUGGUACUGGCCAGUUCAGCUACUUCAACUAUACCUCCUUCUUGGGAAACCCUGAAUUAUGUGGUCCUUAUUUGGGUCCUUGCAAAGAUGGGGUUAUCAAUGGCCCUCGCCAACCUCAUGUCAAAGGUCCACUUUCACCUUCUUUGAAGCUUCUGCUAGUUAUUGGGUUGCUGGUGUGCUCGAUUGCUUUCGCGGUUGCGGCAAUACUCAAAGCACGGUCUCUGAAGAAGGCGAGUGAAGCUCGUGCAUGGAAAUUGACUGCAUUCCAACGCUUAGACUUCACUGUGGAUGAUGUUUUGGAUUCCUUGAAGGAGGACAACAUUAUAGGGAAGGGAGGUGCAGGCAUUGUUUACAAGGGUUCAAUGCCAAAUGGGGGUCAUGUUGCUGUUAAGAGACUACCAGCUAUGAGCAGAGGCUCUUCCCAUGAUCAUGGGUUCAAUGCCGAGAUUCAGACAUUGGGGCAAAUUCGACACAGGCACAUUGUUAGGUUAUUGGGUUUCUGUUCAAACCAUGAGACUAAUCUUUUGGUGUAUGAGUACAUGCCUAAUGGGAGUUUAGGUGAGGUUCUUCAUGGUAAGAAAGGGGGUCAUUUUCUUUGGGACACCAGGUACAAAAUCGCUGUGGAGGCUGCAAAGGGACUUUGCUAUUUGCAUCAUGAUUGUUCACCACUGAUUGUUCACCGAGAUGUGAAAUCGAACAAUAUCCUUCUUGAUUCCAAUUUUGAAGCCCAUGUUGCUGAUUUUGGGCUUGCUAAGUUCCUUCAAGAUUCUGGAACAUCUGAAUGCAUGUCUGCUAUUGCUGGUUCUUAUGGAUACAUAGCUCCAGAGUAUGCCUACACAUUGAAAGUGGAUGAGAAAAGUGACGUGUACAGCUUCGGGGUGGUUCUUUUGGAGCUCGUAACAGGGAGGAAACCAGUUGGGGAAUUUGGCGAUGGAGUGGACAUUGUGCAAUGGGUGAGAAAAAUGACAGACUCAAACAAAGAAGGGGUGCUAAAAGUUCUUGAUCCUAGGCUUCCCUCAGUUCCACUCCAUGAGGUCAUGCAUGUAUUCUAUGUAGCAAUGCUGUGUGUUGAAGAACAAGCAGUGGAGAGGCCCACCAUGCGCGAAGUCGUUCAAAUCCUCACUGAGCUUCCACAGCCACCUGAUUCAAAACAUGGAGGAGACUCAACCAUCACUGAAUCCUCUUUGUCACCAUCCAACAGUUUAGAGUCUCCAACCACAGCAUCUAAAGAAGCUAAAGAUCUUCUUAGCAUAUGAAGUAGUACUCUUUUAAGGGGUGGUUAAUUAAGGUGUUGUCUUUUAUUUUAAUUUCCUUUGGGUUGUGACAGCUUGCUUUCUUUGGCUUUUCUUUUAUGGGGUGGGGUUUAAUUUCUCUAACUAGUAAUGUUUGGAUAUUUAUUUUCUCUUGUUGGUGGUUUUGUAAUUUUGUACAGUAGGAUUGGUUUUGUCUUUGUCUUCAACUGGUAGCACUUGUUUUA